UCUCUGACUCUUUCCACACCCCUAACAGGAAGAUAAAGAGUUCUAUAUAAAACACACAAGGAGAUAUUGCAAAUACAAAACAAAGAAUCUCGAGAUUGUUUUCCGAAUAAAAACACACACAUUUUAUUCCAAAGGAUUCAAAGACAAUGGCGAUUAAAAUGUUGACCGCGAGCAAGCUAACCCAAACCACUAUGAUAAAGCAAAUUUUGAAGAGGUGCUCAAGUUUGGGGAAGAAACAGAGUAGUGAAUAUAAUGAUGAACAGGAACAAGAUGGUGAAUCAUUUCCUCUAGAUGUGCCCAAAGGUCACUUCGUGGUCUACGUAGGGGAGAAUCGGGUCAGGUAUGUUUUACACAUUUCAUUUUUGACCCGACCUGAAUUUAAGCUUCUUCUACAACAAGCUGAGGAAGAGUUUGGCUUCGAUCACGACAUGGGCCUCACUAUUCCUUGUGAGGAAGUAGCUUUCAAAUCCAUUAUCACCUCCAUGUUCUGAUCAACAUAUAUUUAGGGUCUGUUGGUUUUUUGUACUUUUAGAGGACUAAGCUUUAUUUAGCGUUUAAUCUUUAGAUAACCUGGGAUAAUAUCGGGUUAGUGUAUCCAUUAGGAGAGAUGCCUCUAAGAAUUAUCAAUAAAAUCGUUUUUGGUUAUUAUC